AGGGGGCGUAGUUAUAUGGCUGUCUCCAAGACACGCAGCGAAGAUAACGCGCGUAAUAUAAAAGUCGGGGACAGCAGUGCGGGAGACACUCGCCGAAAUGAUGUCCCUUCGCUGUGUCGCAGCCCUCCUGUUGGUCGCCGCCCUGGUACUCCAGGCCAACGCCGCACCGCAGCCCUUCAGCAUCAAGAAGGCGUUCGAUUCGGUUAAGAACAAAUUGAGCGAAAAGCUCAGUCCGGCGCUCAAGUGCCUGUCGGACGCCGGGGCGGGGGACGCGGCGCUGGGGUACUUGCAGCAGUGCGGACAGACUAAGUUCUACGGCAAGUUCGCUCUGACCAGCUGCGCCGCCACCGCCUACGCGCCCGCCGACGUCAAGGCCAUGCUCAAGUCCAGCGCCAAAUGCUUCAACAUGGGCUAGGCCAUGCACAAAAAGCUCACGUUACGACUUACGUCUCGUACUCACUCCGCUUAAACCUGCGCAGUGAGGUCUUCAUUAAAAAAAAAAACAUGUCAGCUGCAUUUUAUUAAAUGAUACUACGAGAGAC